AUGGUUUCCUUCAUCCUCUGCCUCCUCCCUGCUCUCCUAGCUACGAGUGCACAAGCACAAAGCACAAAAUGCCAUCAGUGCUCCGGCUCAGCAGACUCCUCCUGCCAGCCUGCGGCAGGGACCUGCGCAGUAACAGCGGGUACAGGCGGCUGCAUUAUAGUGGCAGAAGAAAAUACACUGAUUGGGGGAAAGACCACGGGCUUCGCCAGUGACUGUUUAGAUGACUAUAAUAUUGGCAUAAAAGACCCCGUCACUGUCACUCUUGGGAACGGCAAGUAUCUAAGGAUCAACACCACACGAUGCAACGACACAGAUAACUGUAACUCGGGCACACUGGCAGUGCCCACGGGGAGCACCACCGUGAACGGGUUGCAGUGCCCAACCUGCUUCGCUCUGAACGUCACCGUCUGCAACAGCCAAAUCACCCCUUGUACUGGGGACGAGACCUAUUGCAUCGAUUUCGCUGGGACGAUACAGAAUGGUACAUCUUCAGAUAUAUCAACAUUUGUUGCAAAAGGCUGCGCAACUGCAUCCACAAAAGACAUUCCAGCUGGAAUCCCCCUGGUUUCUGCAUUCUCCACUUACAACUUAACAAAGGCGACCUCCAAUCCUGCGGAGAAAACACCCCCCAGUGGGGCCAGCCCGGCCCUGGGGCGAUUCUCCUUCGCCCUCUACCUGCCUGGCCUGACUGGGCUGCUGCUGGUGAAGCUGCUCGCCUGACCCCCGCCCAGCACGGCCCAAGCAGCACCUGAUUCCUGCGCGUUGCAGCCCGAGCUCGGAAUCGUACGUUAAUUCUAUUGAUUAUUCACAAACUCCCAGUGCUCGCUGGGAGGU